AUGAAGAUAAGGAGCCUCUCCUCCUUUUACGUCUCUCUGUGGCUGCUGUUCACAGCAGUGAUACUCAAAGCUGCAGAAUCAGCCAAAGGAAAAUAUGCUCACAUGCUGUUCAAUGAACUGUUUGAAGACUACUCCAAUGCUCUAAGACCAGUGGAAGACACAGAUAAAGUACUGAAUGUCACCAUUCAGAUCACAUUGUCCCAAAUUAAAGACAUGGAUGAAAGGAACCAAAUUUUGUCAGCUUACUUAUGGAUUCGACAAAGCUGGUAUGAUGCAUACCUCAGAUGGGACAAAGAUAAAUAUGAUGGGUUGGAUUCCAUCAGGAUUCCAAGCAAUUUGGUUUGGAGACCAGAUAUUGUCCUAUAUAACAAGGCUGAUGAUGACUUUUCAGAACCAGUAAAUACUAAUGUAGUGCUGAGAUACGAUGGAAAAAUCACUUGGGAUGCACCUGCCAUCACAAAGAGCUCUUGUGUAGUGGAUGUAUCUUACUUUCCUUUUGACAGCCAGCAGUGCAACCUUACCUUUGGGUCCUGGACCUAUAAUGGUAAUCAGGUAGACAUCAUCAAUUCUCUUGAUAGUGGUGACCUCUCUGACUUCAUAGAAGAUGUGGAAUGGGAGAUUCAUGGUAUGCCAGCAGUUAAGAAUGUUAUCACUUAUGGCUGCUGUUCUGAGCCUUACCCAGAUGUGACCUUCACGCUGAUUUUGAAAAGGAAGUCCUCUUUCUACAUAUUUAAUUUGCUGCUUCCUUGCAUUUUGAUCUCCUUCCUGGCCCCACUGGGAUUCUAUCUCCCUGCAGACUCUGGUGAGAAAGUGUCUCUGGGUGUUACAGUUCUUCUUGCUCUAACUGUGUUCCAGCUGAUGGUUGCAGAGAUCAUGCCCCCAUCUGAAAAUGUUCCUUUGAUAGGAAAGUACUAUAUAGCAACUAUGACCAUGAUCACAGCUUCCACUGCAUUGACAAUCAUUAUAAUGAAUCUCCAUCAUUGUGGCUCAGAAGCAAAGCCUGUUCCACAGUGGGCCAAGGUGGUUAUUUUGGACUAUAUGUCAAAAAUCUUUUUUGUUUAUGAUGUGGGUGAAAAUUGCACAAGUCCAAAAAGAGAGAAGGAAGAAGAAUAUAGGUUUGAGGGGGAUGAUGGAUGCCAGAGGAGGCACAAAGAGGUAAGGAGUUCUCUUUCCACUAGGAAUGAUGACUGCAAUCUCAAGGAAAAGCUCAAUGGAAAUUGGAAUAAAAGCUAUGGGGUAAAUGGUGAAAAUGUUAGGGAGACUGUUAAUUGCUGUUCUUGUUACAAAAUGCUGAUUAAAAAUAUUGAGUAUAUUGCUAAUUGUGUUAGAGACCAUAAAGCAAACCGGGCCAAAGGAAUUGAGUGGAAAAAAGUUGCAAAAGUGAUGGACAGGUUUUUCAUGUGGAUUUUCUUUAUCAUGGUGUUUUUUAUGAGUGUACUGAUCAUUGGAAAAGCUGCUUAA